AUGAACAACAGUGGCUUUUUUGCUGCAGUUGAAGUUGGCUGCAGUCUGUUGAAGCUCGUAUUCUCAUUGCGUGUUUUCUCAAGAAAAACGUAUGGCCACUCAGAAUGUAUGAAGUACCUGCUCACCGAUUACAUUCCUGAGGAAGUGAAGAAGCCCUGGGAGAAUUUUCACAGCAAUUUGAAAGGCCUUCAAAUGACACUACAUUAAGCCCUGGAGUGGAUCUCGGAAGACCUGAGUUAUUUCCAGACAGACAUCAGUGCAGAUGAGGAGGAGACGAUUGAAAGCUCUGAGAUGAAAAUAAGCCAUCCAAUGACAUGGUUGGUAAGAAAAUCUUCUGAGUAUGGUAAAUAUUUCAGUGAUGCCUCUCUCGGUAUUGCCCCAAAGCUGUGCCAGUCGAACCCUGGCAGUUUAUCUCCUUUCAUGAAACGCAUGAUCAUUUACCGGCUUGGUGGGGGGAAUAUAACUUCGAUCUUCUCCCUUCUGACUGACCAGAAAGAAAGAGACCAAGUCAAAGUCCUAGAGAAUAUCAUAUCUCUCUACCCCAGCAACCCUCUGAUGGCCAGGUUGGAUCAAAUGGAUCUUGUCAAUUACAUAGCAGCUCAUAUUGCUCUGAGUUUGCCUUACAACCCAAUCUCCAAAAUUGGCUGCUCUGAAAGACCUUCAGAAACUCAGUCAGCAGUUCCCAACAGAGAAACGGAAGUGCCUGUCCAGUGCUCUGUUCCUGCUCAUCUUACUCUUCUGGCCAGAAGAUCAUGACACUGACCCUGAAAAGGAGACCAAAUACAACAUUGUUCUAUCACCUGUUGAGUACCUCAAAAGAAGCUACUGGACCAAAAUGAAGGAUAUACCACAAAGGAAGACAAGGAUUUACACCCACUUUUUUCUGAGUAAUGGACAAGAUUGGAUGGGACAAGAUUGUCCACAAGAGCAAGGUUGAAACGAUUACAAAGGUCCUCUCCAUCUCAGAAAAGAGAAUGAAGUGGUUCAGUGGGGAGGUGUGGAAAAUGCCAGAGAUGGCAAAACUGCUCAGGACUGUGUCUGGGUGGACAGAAGUUGGGAUAGUCUACCUUGAUGGCCCAAAAGAGAAGAAGUUCACUAUUCCUCAUCUGAAAGCAGCCUCGGUGCCUUAUGGCAAUGAAAACGUCACAUUUUACUUGGGGUUCACAUUUAGAGGACCUGUUGCGUACAACAUCACUGUGAAAAAGUAG